UUCUUUUGUCUUUCAGCUACUUUUGCAGCAGUGUUGCACUGGAGCCACAUAACACACCUCUUUGAAAAUGAUCGUCAUUUUUCUCACCUCUCAACAUUGGAAAGGGAGAUGGCCUUUCGCACUGAGAUGGGACUGUAUUAUUCCUACUUCAAGACCAUUGUGGAGGCGCCCUCAUUUUUGAAUGGUGUUUGGAUGAUUAUGAACGAUAAGCUUACUGAAUACCCCCUUGUCAUUAAUACAUUAAAACGGUUCAAUCUUUAUCCCGAGGUAAUCUUAGCCAGCUGGUACCGGAUAUAUACAAAAGUAAUGGACUUGAUGGGUAUGCAAAGCAAGAUAUGCUGGACGGUUACAAGAGGGGAAGGGCUCAGUCCUAUUGAAAGCUGCGAAGGAUUAGGAGAUCCUGCUUGCUUUUAUGUGGCUGUGAUUUUUAUUUUAAAUGGACUAAUGAUGGCAUUAUUCUUCAUAUAUGGCACAUACUUAAGUGGCAGCCGGUUAGGAGGCCUGGUUACCGUGUUAUGCUUCUUUUUCAAUCACGGAGAGUGCACCCGUGUGAUGUGGACGCCACCUCUCCGGGAAAGCUUCUCGUACCCGUUCCUUGUCCUGCAGAUGUUGCUCGUGACUCAUAUUCUCAGGGCUACGAAACUUUAUAGAGUAAGCUUGAUUGCGCUCUGUGUUUCCAAUGUAUUUUUCAUACUUCCUUGGCAAUUUGCUCAGUUUGUACUUCUUACUCAGAUUGCAUCGUUGUUUGCAGUAUAUGUUGUGGGGUACAUUGAUAUAUGCAAAUUACGGAAGAUUAUUUAUAUACACAUGAUUUCUCUCGCACUUUGUUUUGUUUUGAUGUUUGGAAACUCAAUGUUAUUAACUUCUUAUUAUGCCUCCUCUUUGGUAAUUAUCUGGGCUGUGCUGGCAGUGAAACCACAUUUGCUGAAAAUGAAUAUGUCUGAACUUAGUUUAUGGAUCAUCCAAGGAUGUUUUUGGUUAUUUGGAACUGUCAUGCUCAAAUAUUUAACAUCUAAAAUCUUUGGCAUUGCAGAUGAUGCGCACAUUGGCAACUUAUUAACAUCAAAAUUCUUCAGUUACAAGGAUUUUGAUACUUUAUUGUACACCUGCGCAGCAGAGUUUGACUUUAUGGAAAAGGAGACUCCACUGAGGUAUACGAAGACAUUGCUGCUUCCUGUGGUUCUUAUAGUAUUUAUUGCAAUUGUUAGGAAGAUUAUUAGUGAUAUAUGGGGUGCCUUAGCUAAACAACAAACACAUAUAAGAGCAAAAUGUAUCCCUCAUUCAGCCUCAUCGAGUACAAUCAGAAGUGCCCUUUUCUUGAUAUCUUCAUUUAACAGUAUGUUCUUAAGUUUCACAAUAGAGGGGAAAAGAUUUUAUCUGUCUGUCUGUCUGUCUCCCGUUCAGCUGGUUUAUCAUGCACUGCAACUGAUCGCAUAUGCAGCCCUGGGUAUUUUAAUUAUGAGGCUGAAGCUCUUCCUGACCCCUCACAUGUGUGUUAUGGCUUCCUUGAUCUGCUCAAGACAGCUGUUUGGGUGGCUCUUCGGCAAGGUCCAUCCUGGUGCUGUUGUCUUUGCUGUGUUAGCAGCAAUGUCCAUACAGGGGUCAGCAAACCUGCAAACCCAGUGGAACAUUGUCGGGGAGUUCAGUAACUUGCCACAAGAAGAACUUAUAGAGUGGAUCAAAUACAGUACUAAACCAGACGCCGUGUUUGCAGGAGCCAUGCCCACGAUGGCGAGUGUGAAACUCUCCGCCCUGCGGCCUGUGGUGAAUCACCCGCAUUACGAGGAUGCAGGAUUGAGGGCCAGAACGAAAAUAGUAUACUCAAUGUAUAGUCGGAAAGCAGCUGAAGAGGUCAAGCAGCAGUUGAUCAAGUUAAAAGUCAAUUAUUAUAUCUUAGAAGAGUCGUGGUGUAUAAGAAGAUCCAAGCCUGGUUGCAGUAUGCCGGAAAUUUGGGAUGUGGAAGAUCCUGCCAAUGCUGGGAAAACCCCCUUAUGUAACCUCUUGGUGGAGGAGUCGAAGCCUCACUUCACCACUGUAUUCCAGAACAGUGUUUACAAAGUCUUGGAAGUUAUAAAAGAAUGACUACUACCUGAACUGCUGCCUACACAGAACUCCAUCAGUAAUGGUUUUAACCUUCUGCUAAUAAGUCAUACGUUGUUUUUAAUUCAAUUCUCAAAAAACAAAAACAAAAAACUUUUAUAAGACAACUGUUUUCAAAUAGAAAACGUUUUAUUUGGUGAACUGGAAUACCAUUCUGAUUGUUAAAAGUACUUAAACCUUUAUCAAUUGGUUUUUAUUUCAAUGCAUCCCUUAAAAUUUGCUAUGCAAAUGAGUAUGUGCUUGUACAACUUAAAUAUGUGUGCUUAAGUGAGCAAACCUAGCCAUGUGAGAGAAAUUUGUCAAGGAUGGUAUGAGAAUACAGUCCAUUCUGAACUACAUGGGUUCUGUUUUACACUUUGUGGACUGUUGACACCCUUCUCUGCUGCUGCCGCCGCCUCUCGCUGUUGUCUUCUGGAAGAUUCAGUGAUUACUGUAAACUUGUCAGUCAUGUCCGCCGGUCGUCAGCGUGCACAGUAGAUGGGGCACAGCCGUUGGUGUGGUCUCUGGAAUUACUUGUUUGUUUUCCAUCUUGAUUUUCUUUCUGUUCUCUCUUGCCCUUGUUUUGGAAGCAUUUUCUUCCCAUUGCUAAAUCCAAAUGUUCAGUUUUGCGAUUUGGACCAAUUCCUCUGACUAGUAGCUGGGCCGAGUUUGUGUGUCUUCUCUCACACUGCAGUCUUCCUCAAAUAAGUGCUAGUCACUCAUUUAGUUCAUUAGCAAGGACUGGUUUCUGGUUAAACAUUUUUUUUUUAAUGUAAGCUGUUCUUUCUCAUUUUUAGCAUUAUUUGAAUUUUAACACUUUGAAAUCAUUUUUAAAAUUUUAAUUAUAAUUUUCAGAAAACCAAUUUUGGACAUCUGCAAAUAUAACACAUUAAGAAACUGAGUGUGUGUUUGAUAGCGCUAUAAUUUACAAUGUAGGACGUGGUCAUUUUUCUUUUGCUAUUAAGAUACAAUUUAAAAAGACUAAUUUUUCUGUCAAACUAAAAGUAAGUAAAUAAUGAUAAAUUAAGUUUUUACAUCUUUUAAAUAAAUAUCUCAUCUUUAAUGAGACAAAAACCAAAUACCUUUGAUUGAGAACUAUUUGAGCACAAGGAAUGUGUAUGUUUGGGCUUCCUCUUUACUUUGAAAAAAAGAAGUAAAAAAUAGCUUUGAGUUCCUUAUAUGAAUUUUUAUUUCUUUGAAGCUUAUUUGUCUGAAAUGAGAUUGUUCAAAAUAGUUAAAACCUGAUAGUGCUGAGAGGUGGUUUUAAGAUUUUCAGUUCUAACCUAACCACAUCUAUGGCUGACUGCACAUUUAAUUACAUAGUGUUCUCUUUAUUAACCACAGGCAGAUUAACCUCAUUGUGGCUUGUCCUUGAGCCCUGGGUCCUCAGGACUGGUUUCCGGUACCCGAUCCUAGGAGUCUCUGAAGAUCUGCAGUACUACCGGAGUCGUAGGAUGAGCCUGCGUGGGGGAUGCAUUAGCUUGCUGACAUUAGGAAGCUGCAGCUGCAGCGGCAGCAAGUCCAUCUGAGGGGUAUGCCCCGUAUGAAAGCAUUCCUGUGGGCAGAGCCAGGUCUCUUUCCCUGGACUCGGUCAGGAGAUACUGCCUUUGCUCUCCAGACCCUGUCACCCUUCCUCUUUUGCUGGUCCACUGUUGGAUUAGCUCUUGCCAGUGUUUAUAGGAAGCAGCUAGGGGGUUGUGGAUUAGGAGAACAGUUUUUGAGCAGCUCUCUGUUAUUGUUAGGUUCCAAAACCCUACCCAGUUCUGCACCAGCCUGGGUUGGAGCCCUUUGCUGCAGUCGUGUGUCCGCCCAUCUCGUGGACGGUCUUCCUGGUUUGGCUGACCUUCAACUUUACCAAGCACGAAGGCUUUUUCCAGGGACUGCUCUCUCCUGUCCGAAAUAAGGGAGAAGCAUGCUGGCUCUACUUCUUCCAAAGCAACAGGUUAGCAACCCGUUGGCAAGAGGGCCUUGAGGCUGAGGAGGACUGGCCACCGUGCUCCUGCAGAGCUGGAGCCUUUUUAUCAGGAACUGUUUCGCGUUCAGUGUGGGUUGAUUGAGUCCACCCAGCACUUAGGGUUUUCCUGUUUUAAUCAUAUUUUUAAAGUUAUUCUCCAUUCUUCCUACCUUCAAAUAGUCUCCUUCAUAAGUUCACAUGUGAAUCAGAGGAAAAUCCAUACGGGGCAGCAACCUUAAGUUACUGUUAUAACUUAAGGUAGGUUUUGUUUUUUGGUGGUUUUUUUUGAGGAGUUUCUUCUGUAAGACUGUUAAUGCAACUCCACCAGCAAGCUCUGAUGAUAUUUUAGGAAGUUCUGUUCAGAACCAAGGUACCUGUGGGUAAACUGGACCUGAUCCGGUGGCAGCUGGUGCUGUGGACUAUAAAUACCUUUUAUGGCAACGGGGGAUCAUGUUAGGCUUUGUAGACAUGACAAACCAGUAUUGAGCCUCAGUAUUUUAUGUAAUUUUAGCAUUUAAGAAUACUUUUGCUUUGUUGUGAAGAAAGUUAGGAUGGGUAAGGAGGUGAUAGAAAUAGCUUAUUGCUCUGACAUUUAGGAAAGAAACUCGGGCCAGAAUUUCUAUAAAAGUUUAGCCUCUAAACAGGCCAGCGGAGAAAUGGUCGUGUGAAAGCAGGCCAGUGACAGGAAAGCGAGGACGAAAGGAUGUCUUGGGGACGAGUGGCACUGCAUAGGAGGAUUGUAUUUUUAUGGAUUUUAUGCCAGUUGUUUACAUGUUAAAUAAAUAAAUAUGUUAAAUAAAAAAAGAUCAUGGAAAUAUA